UCCUGUGGAUCAAGUCCACGGCAACUUCGAUUGUGCAGUUGGUCAGAGUAAUAUGCGUGGGCCAUGCAAGAUUGACCAGUAGGCAUCAUUGCAACAUAUAUGUAUUGUUAGCAGCUGCAGCUACAGCUACCGUCAUUUUGAAAGCUGCUUGGAACAAAGCUGAAAAGGUUGUAAUGGACACAGCCAGGACAUCAAUUCUUGCUGACCCAGUUUGGGCAUCACUUGUCAGCUAGUGAGAUUUCCGGGAGAGGAGAGAUGUUCCUGCGGCAAAGCUUCUGCAUGAUUCUGGUAUGAGACGUGGUAUGUGGAGUUUCCAGGUAAAGGUGUAGCAAUGGGAUGCAGUUCGUCUGCUGUUGCAGAGAACCAAACACGGCAAUCCGACAGAGCCAUUAAAGCAGCCAUUCUGAUUCAGCGCUGGUAUCGACGUCAUGUUGCACGAAUGGAGAUGAAACGACGCUACACGUGGACCAUCUUUCAAUCUAUUGAGUAUGCUGGAGAGCAAGACCAGUCACGGCUAUCACACUUCUUUACGUUUUUGAUGGAUUACUAUGCUGAUCAUUGUGCAGAGCACAGUACGGCAAGAGGUGGCUUGUUUUCUCAGUUAUUGAAACCAUCAGGAGAAUUGUGUGACAGUACAGAGUCUGACCACAUGCUGGGAGAUUUAAGUACCAAGGUUCCCAGUUACUACUCAGGACCACGACUUUCUUUUCCCCUUACAGCUUUUGAUGCCACUGUAUUGCUUAAAGCAUUCAAGCAGCGGAAACAGCUUCACAGCUUGUACGUGCUUCAGCUCCUGCAAGAGACCAAGAAAAUUGUGAAAAAAUUGCCAAACAUCAUCCACCUUUCCACCCAUUACUCCAAGGAUAUAACAGUCUGUGAACCCAUUAGGCAUUCCAAUCUGGGCAAAGGCCACCUUUCUGAAUUUACAUUGUCCUUUCGUAUGCGUGACGGAGCUGUGAAUAGGAAAACAGUGUACAGGAAACACAGCAUGGAAUUUGAAUCCAGGCUUUUCAAUCAUCUUCCCAAUUGCCUGACCUUGACUUUGACCUAUUUGCAAAUCCCUCUGACUGUGAGGAUUGCCAGUCUCUCAGCUUUUCAAGAAAAUAUGCCACUUCUUUUUUCCCAUCCAAGUGGAGAUUUGCAUGGGAAGCUAGAUGACCUGCUCCUAAUAUUCUACAAGAAUGGCCUUCCUAUGCCAGAGAAACCUUAUGUGUUUAAUGGGGACUUUGUUGACAGAGGGGAAAACUCCAUGGAGGUUAUAAUUAUCCUCUUUGCAUUUCUUCUGAUCUUUCCAAACGAUGUCCACUUAAAUAGAGGAAAUCACGAGGAUUAUGUUAUGAAUAUAAGGUAUGGUUUUCAAAAAGAAGUUUUGCGGAAGUACAGGACACAAGGGAAAAGAAUACUUCAGCUUGUCCAAGAUGUGUUCAGAUGGCUGCCAUUAGCAACAGUUAUUGACUCUAAGGUGCUAGUGAUCCAUGGUGGGAUCUCAGACACAACGGACCUGGAUUUCCUGGCUUCAAUAGAAAGGCAAAGGUUUAAAUCCCUACUCAGGGUACAGAGAAGUCUGGAGAAGUGUGAACAAACAUGCCAGAAGAAACACUGUUUGGAGCAAUAUCCUUCAAAGAAGCUAGAUCAUGAUGGCAGGGUCUGUGAAACACUGCUGAAUGACCAAGGCAACAAAAGGCUUGACUCAUCACCACCUUCAUCAUCUCCCUCAAUGUCAACUUGUACUAAGCAUUAUGAAGACCAAUGUCACUUGAGUAAAUGCACCAUGUCCCCAAGCAAUUCAAACUAUCAACAAGAUCAGAUGUUGGAUUGUAACAAACACAAGAUGAUUGAGUACAAUGUGUACAAUGCCACCAAAAUCUUACACACGUCCUACAUGAACUGUGCAAUGGAAUUUCCUGAAGUACCACCAAGAGAAGAACUGGAGUGGAAGCAGAUUGCUGAUGUCCUUUGGAGUGACCCUAGAAAUCAAGCUGGCUGCGUGCCCAACACCAUCCGAGGAGGAGGCUGUUACUUUGGUGAAGAUAUCACAGAUAGGAUGCUGAAAAAGUAUAACUUAAAACUAAUUAUAAGAUCACAUGAAUGUAAACAGGAUGGCUAUGAAGUGUGCCACAAUGGAAAGGUUAUCACUAUAUUUUCUGCUUCUAAUUACUAUGAAGAGGGCAGCAAUCAAGGAGCUUAUAUCAAACUUGGUCCUGAUUUGAUUCCUCACUUUGUCAAGUAUCGUGUUAAUAAAUCCACAAGGAAGCUGACUCUUAAGGAAAGAGUGAGUGUGAUUGAAGAAUCUGCCCUGAAAUCUCUGCGUGAAAAGCUGUUUGCCCACAAAUCUGAAGUUAUUGCCGCCUUCAGAAAGUAUGACCCGGACUAUACAGGGAAGAUUUCACUCAAUCAGUGGGCCUUAGCUGUGGAUUCUGUACUCCAUUUAAACCUGCCUUGGAGGACCAUACGGCCUCGGCUGGUACGGAGCAAUGCUGAUGGCAUUGUGGAUUAUCUCUCAACCUUUGAGUGUUUUCAGACUGAGCACCCCAUGAAAGAGGUUCAACCAAAUUUGAUUGAAGCCAUGUACAAGCAUCGUGCAGACCUGGAAAUCAUUUUUGGAAUAAUUGAUAAGGAUCACUCAGGAUUAAUCUCCAUGGAGGAAUUCCGGCAGACCUGGAAACUCUUUAGUUCCCAUUUGCACAUCCAUCUGGAUGACCAGUCUGUAGAUGACCUGGCACGGAGCAUUGAUAUCAACAAAGAUGGCAGCAUAGACUUCAAUGAAUUUCUGGAGGCUUUCCGCCUCGUACAGAAGGAUAACAAGUAAAUCUGUAAAUACUGAGGAAGAACGUUGAUGUUGUUGGAUUAGACUGUAUAAUUGUUAUUAUCUUUUGUAGAUGAACAAUCUAUACCUGCUGGUAUUUUAUAUAACUACCUGUAUACAUGUAACUGUUAGUAUGUUUCCUGGUGGUCACAGCAUGUUUAUGCAAUUGUUCAGUGUGUCCCCUAAUAGUUACAGUCUUUUGCAUGAUUCUGGAAGCUUCUCUUGGUAUCAUAGCAUUUAAAUAGGGGCUAUCUGAUUGGUUAACUCUUAUCUAUGAAUUUGAAUAGAAUUUUUCUUAUCUAUGGAGUAUAAGAAGGGCUUCUUUAGUCGUCCCUGUUUUAGGUCCUAGACUUCCAUUGCUCUACAUUUCCAAAUGUCUUUGCUUUAGUUGUGCUUAACAAAACGAUCAUGAAGCAACAAGUUUUGUGCCUCUUUUUUGACUUCUGAAAUAACCUUGGAUCAAAACAUCAGAAUCUAACAGCUUGAUAAAGUAGUUUGCCCAGAUUUAACUCCAUGCCUUUCCGACACCUGCAGUGAAUGCA